GAUGAAUUAGAUCAAACCCUCAACGCCUGCGGGAUUCAAGAUGGAGCAAUCAUCCGCUACGUCUUCACCGAAUCCGCUCCCGAUCGAGCACCCCCAUCUUCACGCACAACUGUAGUGGAAGCCCCUUCCGAGCUCCCAUCUUACGAUGAAGCGGGGUUCUCAGGCGAAGAACUGAGAACAAUCUUCGCUCUAGAUGUCGAUCAGAGCCGGCCGAUGAACGUGGGCCCUGUGAAGCUAGGAAUGCCUGUAAAGGUUUUCAUCGAGAAGGUGGCUUCGAGACAGGGGGUCGAUCCUGAGCAUUUGAGAAUUAUUUACAAGGGGAAACAGCUCAAGGAAGGAAAUUCUUUGUUGGAUUAUGGUUUGCAGGAUGAGGCUACAGUGCAUUGUGUUAUUCGGGUUAUUGGAGGAGCCAUGUAGUCCUUCGUUAUGAUUCCACACUGCCCCACAACGCCGAAGCUCAAUCA